AUGGUGCUGUUGAUAUACCAGCAUUUCUGUAAGUCGCUGCAUUCUUGUGAAGCAGCAGCCAACAGGAGCUGGCUAGAAAAGCAAUCCGUUGGAGACCCACACAAACUAAUUCUGCUGCUUAUCCUGUCUCUUUCAGACCGUCCUGGUAUGCUGGACUUCAAAGGCAAAGCAAAGUGGGAUGCCUGGAGUGCAUUGAAAGGAAUGUCCAAAGAAGAUGCAAUGAAAGCUUACAUAGCAAAAGUGGAAGAACUAAAGGGCAAAUACGGCAUCUGAGGACUGGCUAUAGCGGCCACUUGCAUGCCUGAAACAUGCCUUAUUUCUAAUACUGUGGAAAACUGGUUUCGGAGGUUAAUUUUAAGUACCUAGUAUAUUAAAAUCGGUUCUCCUCAUGCCUGUAGUUCAGGGGAAGUUGUGUACCCACCUAACGUACUGACAUGUUAUAAAUUCCUUCCGGGAACAAAAUCUGGAACUCAUUAAAGUGCGUUUGGUACUUUA